UCGAGUAUGAUUAAACGUCAGAAAACAUUUAUAGACUUCUAUACGGUGCUAUAGUCUAAACAUAAUUUCUGAACCAAAAGCGCUUGACAGCAUCUACCAGUGUCACAAAUUAAAUUUUAAUCUGUGACAGUGUAUAAAGGGUUGUUGGUGGACUCUUUGGUAUAAAGAGACAAAGGAAAGCUGGUAUAGAUCUUUGGUGUUGGAGAUCUUUGAAAGGUAGCCCACAUUUUUAAUCUUUUGAAAAUGGCUACUGUUGAAUAUGAAAGACUAAUUAAAGAGGAGGUGGAAUCUGUUGGUGAUGAAAACAAUAUCAACUACUCUGAAGAAAAAUAUGAUGCACAGCAUAAUGAACUGACUAUCUUAAAGAUUAAAUUAGAAUCAGAACAAAUCAAAAGUGAAGAUGCUGUUUAUCAUCUGAAAUCUGAAAAGUGUGAGGAAAAACUAAAGGAAGACUCACAUUGUGAGCUGUGUGGAAGAAGUUUGCUUAGUCAAAUUGAUUUUUUUAGCCCUCAUAGUUUAAAAUACUGCCCUGUCUGUCAAGGCCUGAAUGAGUCCAUUGCAAUGCAAAGCGAAGUUAAGACUCUGGAUGUAAAACCACUCCACUUGGGCUCAGAUUUUGGAAUAUUUCCUUCUGGAACCCAGGAAGAAACAGUCGUUGGAAAGGAAGAGAAUGUUAUCAAUAGAAAUAUAUCACCAACACCUUAUGACAAAGAAUCUGUUACUGAAAACGUCAAUUUCUUUGAAGAUGAUAUGCCACAAAAAACAGAGGAAGUUAAUGAAAUAUUCAUUUCCGAAUACUAUUGGAAUUCAAUGGGAGAGAAUGGAGUUAAUGAGAAAAAUGAAAUAUGCGUGAAAAAUUUCAAUGAAAGAAGUGAUACUGAAAAUAGACCAACAAAGAAGAUCCUAUAUGAUUGCAAAAUAUGCACAAAGUCAUUCAGUAGAAGUUAUGAUUUGAAAAGACAUGAAAACCUUCAUACUGGCGAAAAAACGUUUCGGUGUGGAAUCUGCUCAAAAUCAUUUCUUCGAAAAUAUGAUUUGAAAAAUCAUGAAAAGAUUCAUACUGGCGAAAAACCAUUCAGCUGUGAAAUCUGCUCCAAAUCCUUCAUUCAAAAAUGUUAUUUGAGAAGUCAUGAAAAACUUCAUACUGGUGAAAAACCAUUUCAGUGUAAAAUCUUGCAAAAAGCAGUUAUAUUAACCAGUAGCCCCUACAAAAAUGAAAUUGAAGUAUGCCACGAGCUGAAAUUGGCUAAAGAGAAGGUCAAAGAGCUCCAGAUGAAAAUACGGCCUUUAUCUGAAGAUAUGAAAGUGACCGAGACACCGAUAAGAAAAAAACAAAAGAAGGCUGUCGUUUCAGAAACAGAUCCAAAUCUAGUAAUCUUAAACCAAGCUGGAACUUCUGCCCAGAGUGACAUCAUCAUUGAAAUCGAACCUGAAGGAAAAAAUGAAAUUGAAGUAUGCCACGAGCUGAAAUUAGCUAAAGAGAAGGUCAAAGAGCUCCAGAUGAAAAUACGGCCUUUAUCUGAAGAGAUGAAAGUGACCGAGACACCGAUAAGAAAAAACCAAAAGAAGGCUGUCGUUUCAGAAACAGAUCCAAAUCUAGUAAUCUUAAACCAAGCUGGAACUUCUGCCCAGAGUGACAUCAUCAUUGAAACCAGAAGAUUGGUUUUGCUCGGUUUGUGA